UUUGUGUCUUUUUUUUUAUAUAUUUUUUUAUUUUCUUAAAAGGAAAUUUAGGGUUUGGUUUGUUUGUUGGUGAAAAGAGAAAGGAAACCAUGAAUGUGAUGCGUAGAUUAAAAAGCAUGGCUUCAGGUCGAACUUCUAUAUCAUCCGAUCCUGGUGGGGAUGUUGGAACAAAGAGGGCUAAGGUUGAUCAAGAAAUAGAACGAAAGGUUGAUCAAGAAUCUUAUUUAGUUGAAAGAAGUGUCACAGAUCAGGAGCAGCAUAUGGCUUCUACAUCACAGGAAAAUGCUGCGAGCACAUCCAACAUUACUUCGGUGGCAAGAACAGAAAAAUCAGGCUAUGAUCAGCUUCCUAAAGAGAUGCAUCAAAUGAAGAUAAGAGAUGAAAAAACCACUUUUCAUGAUGAAAAGGAAGUGGAAGCUGUCAUUGUGAGUGGCAAUGGGACAGAAACUGGUCAGAUUAUUGCAACCACAGUAGGUGGUCGGAAUGGACAGCCAAAGCAGACAAUCUCAUAUAUGGCAGAACACAUGGUUGGCACGGGUUCAUUUGGUGUUGUCUAUCAGGCUAAGUGCCUGGAAACUGGUGAAGCAGUUGCAAUAAAGAAGGUAUUGCAGGAUAAGAGAUACAAGAACAGAGAACUUCAAGUCAUGCGCAUUCUUGACCAUCCUAAUGUCGUUCAGCUGAAACAUUGUUUCUAUUCAACUACUGAAAAAGAUGAACUAUAUCUUAACCUUGUUCUGGAGUAUAUAUCUGAGACUGUCCAUCGAGUUUCAAGGCACUUUAACAGGAUGAAUCACCAACACAUGCCCAUUAUAUAUGUUCAACUUUAUACUUACCAGAUUUGCCGUGCACUAAAUUACUUGCACCAUGUGGUUGGGGUGUGCCAUCGUGACAUUAAGCCGCAGAAUUUACUGGUUAAUCCCCAUACUCAUCAGCUAAAAAUCUGUGAUUUUGGUAGUGCAAAGAUGCUGGUGCCAGGGGAACCCAACAUAUCAUAUAUCUGCUCACGGUAUUAUAGGGCACCGGAACUUAUAUUUGGUGCUUCAGAGUACACAAGUGCCAUUGAUAUCUGGUCUGUUGGUUGUGUCUUGGCUGAACUUCUUCUUGGACAGCCUCUUUUUCCUGGGGAAAGCAGUGUCGAUCAGCUUGUGGAAAUUAUUAAGGUCCUGGGGACACCAACCCGUGAAGAAAUUAAGUGCAUGAAUCCCAAUUACACAGAAUUCAAGUUCCCUCAGAUCAAGGCUCACCCAUGGCACAAGAUAUUUCACAAACGAAUGCCACCUGCAGCAGUGGAUCUCGUAUCAAGGCUGCUUCAGUAUUCACCAAACAUGCGGUGCACUGCUUUGGAGGCAUGUGCACACCCCUUUUUUGAUGAUUUGAGACAUGCAAAUGCAUGUUUGCCUAAUGGCGCGCUACCUCCUCUAUUCAAUUUUACUGCCCAAGAGUUGGCUGGGGCAUCAGCGGGACUGCGUCAACGUCUCAUUCCUGAGCAUGUAUGAAAAGGAAAUUGACGAUGGGUACACGGUCAGAAUUGUAGCCAAAUCAGUGCAACUGGAUUUUGAAUGGCUCAGUCACCCAUGCAAGCAUCCUGCCUGCACAAAUAAUUCAGACCAAAUCAAUUUUCUAUCUUCACCUCGUUAGUUACAACGAAGUGAGACCUUAGACUAGGUAGAGGGUGAUGGGAGGUAGGCUUUGCCAAGAUUUUGGAUUGAGCUUGAAGCAUAAUUAUUUGACGGGGGCAGGAUCUCUUGGCAACGGGGUUCCAACAUUUAAUAUAUUUAGAUCCUGACUCUUUCUUGUAAAGUGAUUUACCG